AUGCUCUGCGUGGCGAUCCAUCUGGCUACCUCUUAUCCUCACUCCCGCUAUGCCAACAUUCUCAAGAGGCGGUCUGAUGUACAAGACAAAUACGACUAUGUCAUAAUCGGUGGCGGUACCGCUGGGCUUACCGUAGGCGACCGCCUGUCUGAAAAUGGCAAACACACAGUACUAGUAAUCGAGGCUGGCGCCUUAGAUGAUCAGAGCGGAUUUCCCGGAAAUACAAACUCUAGCCGAAUGUUCAACAUCCGGUCCACUUCUCAGCGGGAGCUGAACAACCGCGACUUCUGGGUUGGUAUUGGAAAGGUUGUUGGAGGAAGCUCGAACGUUAACGGACAAGUGUUUCUUCGAGGCACUAAGGAGGAGUACGAUAUAUGGAAGAAGCUUGGUGGUCCUCACUCCACUUGGGAUUGGACAGGACUACUACCAUACUUCAAAAGGGCUGUUCAUUUCACGCCUCCUGAUCCUGGUAUUGCAAAGGAGUUCAAUAUCACAUACGACCUGAACGCCUGGGGUCAAGACCCGAGGGCCAAGAUAUACGCCACCUUCUCCAAUACCUUUAAAGCAGGCAUGAAGAUACUGUAUAAUGCAAUGAGGAACAUGCCUGGAGUUGAUGUACCCAUAGACGGGGCCGGGGGUGCAAACGGUCUCUUGUGGUUCACGACUUCUAUGGAUCCAAAGACGUACUUACGGUCGUAUGCCAGGACUGGCCACUGGGACGGGCUUAAUCGUACCAAUUAUGAGCUCAUUCCCAACACACGAGUCUCGAAGCCCAUAUUUGAAGGAACCGCAGUAAUUGGCGUUGAGUAUGGACCGGCGACUCAUGGCGUAAAAAGAACGGUCAGGGCUAUGAAGGAAGUUAUUCUCGCUGCAGGCACAGUACAUACUCCUCAAAUACUUCAGCUUAGCGGCAUAGGCCCUGAAGCAUUACUCGAAGAAGCCAACAUCACCGCGAAGGUCAAUCUCCCAGGUGUGGGCAUGAACUUCCAAGACCACAGCUACAUCCCUAGUAUCAGCUACUCCUGGGGUAAAGUACCACCAGAACCGCCACUGAACCACACGAUCCCCAUAGGCGGAUCAAAUCCUGUCCUUGGAGCUUUUCUUGGCUUGCCUGCGAUUACACCUAACAAUUAUGAAAUUCUGGCAAACAGAUUCUCCUCGCAAGCACCAGAGACAUAUCUUCCUGUAAAUGUGCACCCAACAGUCGUGGCAGGUUACGCCAAGCAGAAGCAGAUCUGGGCUGAAGCGAUGCGCUCAAAAGGCGUGACGUUCCUCGAAUAUAUAAUGUCGGACGGUCCUGGUGGGUCUGUACAAAAUUUACAUUGCGCAUCCCGAGGCACAAUCAUGAUCGAUGUAGCAAACCCACAGGGCGAGAUGAUAGUUGAUUAUCGUGCGGGCACCAAUCCGAUCGAUAUCGAUGUCAUGGUAGAGAACAUCAAGUUCAUGCGCCGCUUCAUGACUACCGGGGAGCUAGCACAGUACGAAGCUGUGGAACUGUCGCCUGGUAUUAGCUUUGAUGACGAUGAGAAGCUUGCUGGGUGGGCGAGAGAGCAUAUUAUCCCCUCAGUCUUUCAUCCUGUGGGUACUGCGGCCAUGAUGCCGCGAGAGCUGGGUGGUGUUGUCGAUGACAAGCUGCUUGUGUAUGGGGUGCAAGGUCUCAGCGUUGUUGACGCGAGCAUUAUGCCUACCAUUGUCGGGGCUACAACUUCCAUGACUGUGUAUGCUGUUGCAGAGAAAGCUGCAGAUAUGAUCAAAGCUCGAGCUUGA